AUGGUUAUCAUUAAGGUAAAUGAUAGUUCCCCGCUCACGUGGCCUCUGGGUAGAAUCAUUGAGUUCUAUCCAGGUCCAGAUCAGGUGGUCCGAGUAGCUAAGGUUCUCACUAAGCAGGGGGUGCUCACCCGACCUGUAGUCAAUUCUGACUUUAUAAGCAUUUGCAUUGCGAAUAUUAUGACUUAUGAGUUUAAUUGUUUAGUCAAAGGAGUCUUACGUGUUAGUUUUGUCGGGAUGUUAGCAUUUUUAAACAUGAGACAUCUGAUUGAAUCGUUUCACGACGCACGGAAGAACAUGCCAAAGAAAUUGGUAAAAUGUCUUAAUAAUAAUAAUAUAGGGUCGAAAGAUGCAUCUAUUCGAUGUAGGUCGUUGGUAAGUGUGAGUGAGAAAUCUAUCAACGCAAGUGUUCUAGUCAAUUUAGACCCGGCAGCUGUAUCCGGUAGUAUUGACAUUGAACAGUUUCAAAAAGUGAUAAAAAUAAAUCUGCAAUUGGAAAAUAGAUUGACCGAGUUGGAAGAAAUGAUUCGACGCGGUGAUGAAAAACAAAAGAUUCAAGAUCUAAAAAGUGAAUUGCCCCUAUCUACAGUGCAAGAUUUAAACAACAAGGUAGACACCAAAUUGUCAAAUUACCAACAAUCGUUGAUGGAAAAAAUUGACAGUGAAUUCAUGACCAUCGGUUGUGAUGUUAAAAGUAUUAAACACUGUUAUGGAAUAUUGAAUACCAGUUUCCACGAGAUGGAAAAUAAAUUGAUUUCAAUCGGUAUGAACUAUUCACAUCGUUCGUUGGAGUGGACUAGACCACAAUCCUUCGGGUCCACUGGAAUGUUUCCUCCCGAUAACCGCUGUUACGGCGAACCAGCUGCAGCUCCAUCUUAUUAUGAUAUGGCACCAAUGGCAAAACCCGGGCCGAGUGGAGCAGUUUUGCCUCCAUCGCCACCUGCACCCCCGGCGCCAAGUGCAUUUGUGCCUCCGCCGCCACCUGCACCCCCGUCGACUAGUGUAUUUUGUCAACCACUGCCACCCGCACCCCCGGCACCGUUAUCUCAGAAUACUCCGAAAAAAUCGGAUUCACACAAAUCAAGCUCUUCCUCGACAGCGAAAGUUGAGAAAGUGUAUGGGAGGAUCCCAAUUACCACUGAGAUUCUAAAGUCUGUUGUUCUCAAGCCACCUGGCGAGAGGAAGAGAUUAAGCAAAUCCCCGACAGCGAAAGUUGAGAAAGUGUCUGGGAGGAUCCCAAUAACCGCUGAGAUGUUAAAGUCUGUUGUUCUCAAGUCACCUGGCGAGAGGAAGGGAGUAAGAAAAUCCGUGACGAUAUAA